AUGGUGGAGAAUUCAUCAUCGCGUAAAGGAAGAAGAGUGGUAGAGCCCACGACGAGGAGGAAGAAGGAGGAGGAGGAGGUGGUGGUGGCGGAGGUGGCGGCCGUCGAUAAAUCGGAGGAUUUAAUCGAGUGUUCCGGUAAGUAUUGCCGAUCAUGCACCGCCGGAGUAAUCGCCGACUGCGUGGCACUCUGCUGCUGCCCCUGCGCUCUGCUGAAUCUCUUGACGCUCGCAUUGGUUAAAGUCCCGUGGAAGAUCGGGAGGAGGUGUUUGGGGUUCGGGAAAAAGAAUAAGAAGAAGAAGAAGAAGAGAAACAGGGUGGAAAUGGAGAGGAAAUGCGAGAAAACGAGGGAAAUUCCGACGGUGUUUGGGGAGGCAGAAAAGUUCGAAAACGAUGGAGAAGGGAAGCAAGAAAUGGGGAAUUUCAGUGCGAGAUUGGUGGAAGCCGAGAAAGUUUGGUUAGAGUUGUAUGAAGGCGGGCAUUUGGGAUUUGGCCGGGUUUCUUUCACCGGUACUUGAAUAUUUUCUUUUCUCUGUUUGGUUCCCGAGAAAAAGGAAAAUUGUGAAGUACAUUGUUGUUUUUGGACUGUAAAGUUUCCAUAAUUUU